AUAAAACCCUCAAGUGUCUUAGAUAUUGUACUGAGACGUAAAAGUCUUUGUUGUCCUCAUGUAGUUUGUGAAAAGUUUCGAUAGAAUCAGCUAAGCUAACAAAUUAGCCAGUGGGGAAGCAAAAAUGGAAAACGCCACUCUUCCAACUCUGUACGAAUACUACACAAGUGGAGGUAUUCAAUCGGGCUUAAAUGCCGACCAAAACUACUUCACGCUGAAUGAAAGGAAUAUUACUUUGUAUUCGGGUGCCAUGCAUUAUUUUCGAACCCCCAAGCAACUGUGGAGGGACCGACUUCGAAAAAUGAGGGCAGCCGGAUUAAACACCGUUGAAACCUACGUUGCUUGGAAUCUGCACGAACCCACCCCAGGUAAUUUCGACUUUGGUGAGGGAGGAACGGAUAUGGAAGACUUUCUGGAUUUGGAGACGUUCCUUAAAACCGCCCAAGAAGAAGACCUUCUUGCUAUUGUCAGACCUGGACCGUACAUCUGUGCCGAGUGGGAAUUUGGAGGGUUUCCUAGCUGGCUGCUCAGAACUGAGGACAUCAAAUUCAGGACAUCCGACGCGAUCUAUAUGGCAGCGGUAAAGCGGUUUUUCAAUGCUCUACUCCCCAUCCUCGCCGCCCUCCAAUUCGUCAAUGGAGGCCCGAUUAUCAGUGUGCAAGUUGAGAAUGAGUACGGCAGCACCAGUUCAAGCACCUUUACUCCAGAGAAACAGUACCUGAAAGAACUGAGGCAAAUUUACCUGGACAAUCACAUAACGGCCCUCCUCACAACUGCUGAUGGGGUGGAUUCGUUUGGGGAUGCUGGCACUGAUCCCGAGCUGUUUUUGGUCACUGCCAACUUUGGAGGGGAUCCAACAACGUCCUUUGAUAUUUUGGAGCAAAUGCAGCCAGGCCGGCCGAAAAUGGCUAUGGAAUACUAUCCAGGCUGGUUUGACCAUUGGGGAGAUGGACACUCAACCGGCUCAGCAGUGAAUCUAUUGGAAAACUUGGUGAAAAUCAUCGCCUAUCCUGGCUCUUUUAACAUGUACAUGUUCCAUGGAGGCACCAGCUUCGGCUUCCUCAACGGCGCCAAUGUGGACAAUGACCUGCCGAAUAACAGCGGAUUUUUGCCUGAUACAACUAGUUACGAUUACGAUGCGCCACUUACGGAAGCGGGAGAUUAUACGCUGAAGUACCAGCUAGUGAAAAUUUUGUUGCGUACCGUUGCAACUCCUAAAACACAGUUGCCAGAUCCACCUGCCCUGAUACCUAGAGUGGCCUAUUCUGAUGUUCCAAUUGAGCAGUUUAUGCCCCUAAAAACUCUCAUAGAUUCUCAGAACAUCAAACCAAACCAUCCACAUCCCAUUGCAAUGGAGCUCGUGGAUAUCAACAAUGGCAGCGGGCAGAGCUAUGGAUACUUGACCUACAGGAAGGAAAAUCUGAAUUUGCCAGCUGGCGCCAUCCUGACCUUAACAUCAUACGUUUACGACUCAGUGCUGGUUUUGGUGAACGGGCGCCAAAUUGCACCGCCCCUCAAAACAGCUGCCGAUCUCAACAGUUUCGGCUUCUACAAGCUGGAGGAGUCUGAAAUUACCUUAACUGACUCAGAUCUUACCAACGCCACCAUUGAUCUGGUGGUGGAGAACUGGGGGAGAGUGAACUAUGGAAAAUUGUCCCAAUAUUACCAAUUCAAAGGGUUGUGGCAAGGCGAUAUAUUGAUCAAUGGGGAAUUGGUGCUUAAUUGGCAGCACAUUCCUCUGGAGUUUAAGCGGAGUUGGACUCAGAACCUUGCCGGGUGGCAGGAUGAAGGCAUUUCAAGUUCUGGCUUAUAUCGAGGCUAUUUGGAGCUGGAGGCUGCGCCUGAAGACACCUACAUAGACAUGAGGGUGUGGACUAAAGGCAUCGUAAUGGUCAACGGAUUUGUUCUGGGGCGAUAUGCCAGAAUUGGACCUCAGCAGUGCCUCUAUUUGCCAGCUCCGUUUCUUCAACAAGGGAGGAACGAGAUCGUGAUUUUUGAACAUUACGAAGCUGCUGAUUCAGUGCGGUUUUCCACCGAUCAGAUUUGGGAAAAUUAUGAUUAUUUUAAAUCCCACAAGAGGUUUCACCUUAGUUGAUUGGAUUGUUGUGAAAAAACUGAAAAUAAAUCGUUUAAAAAUUGAGAGA